AUGUCCGGUACUACCAUCCUCAGCGAGCUACCGAACUCGUCUCUCUUCCAAUUCCCUCCCAGCCACUACCCCAUCGGCGUCCCUCCUCCCCCGCCGGGUGUGAGCUCCUCCAACUUCGCCAUCCCCGAUCACAUUUACAAUGCCGUCCUGGACCCCCGGGUCCCCAUCACCAUUGCGGCGACAUACGCUGUCACGAUCAAGCUUCUCAACCGCUACAAUACCUCUACCAACAAGCGCCCUUGGGCUAUCAGCAAGACGGGCCCUUUCAAGGUCUUUGUCAUCCUCCACAACAUCUUCCUUGCUGUCUACUCGGCCUGGACCUUCUGGGGUAUGCUCGGUGGCAUGCGCCGUGCCAUCUGGACCAGCAUCAACGGUGCCAUCAGCCUGUCCGCCAACGGAAACCCUAGCACCGACGUGUACGGUCGCCUGUGGAACGAAGGUCUUUCGUUCUACGGCUGGAUCUUCUAUCUGAGCAAGUUCUAUGAGGUGCUCGAUACUUUUAUCAUCCUCGCCAAGGGCAAACUGUCUUCAACUCUCCAGACCUACCACCACGCCGGCGCCAUGAUGUGCAUGUGGGCUGGCAUGCGUUACAUGUCCGCUCCCAUCUGGAUGUUUGUCCUCGUCAACUCCUUCAUUCACGCUCUGAUGUACACAUACUACACUAUCACCGCCUUCAACAUUCGCGUGCCGACACCCAUUAAGCGCUCUCUGACCACGAUGCAAAUCACCCAGUUCCUCGUGGGCGCUUCGUAUGCCAUGCUCCACUCAUUCGUCUCGUACACCGUCCCGGUGACCGUCUACACCGAGAAGUCCGCCUCUGCCGCCGCCGCCGCCUCCGCCAGCUCCUCGUCUUCUCUUCCCACCGCCGAGGCUAUCGUGAAGGCAUCUGUCGGUGCGAUCGAGUCUAUCAAGAACAUGAUCUACGGAGCGGCCAGUGAGUCUGCUGUUGCCGCCGCCGCCUCGGAUGCCACUGGCGCCGCUGCGGCCGCUGCCGCUGCUGCCGUGCCCGCCGGUCUUCAGGCUGAGACCGUCUGGGUCACACAGCCUUGCAUUACCACCAGCGGUGAGACUUUCGGCAUCUGGCUCAACGUUCUGUAUCUCGCGCCGUUGACCUACCUCUUCGGCAUGUUCUUCGUCCGCAGCUACCUCCGCCGCUCCAGCGCCCAGGACCUCAAGCCCAAGGGCAAGUCGCGCCGCGAGAGCAAUGUCACCCUCGCCGAGAAGGCCGGCUGGGAUGCUGCUAAGGAGGUCAGCAGCGAGAUUUACAACCAGGGCGCCGAGGAGGCUGUUGUCACUGGUCCCAAGACGAGGAAGGGCCGCAAGAACUAG